CUGUCCUUGUUUUGUCUUGUCAUUUGCCACUAGCACCACUGCACUAACAGGAUGGCAGACUCGGAGUGGACGCGUAUCUUCCAGGCGAACGCAAAUGAUCUCAAAGAAGGAGACACCUGGCGUCUGGAGUUUGAUCAAAAUCUUGUGCCUAACAGCCCAAACAUGGGCUGGCAGCAGUACAUCAGGAACACAGGUGCAAGGUUCAAAUGCAGCAAGUGCAGAAGAGAGUGGCCUUCCAACCGGGUGAUGGUGGUCUUCCACAUGCGCCUGACAUACGGCCAGGGCGUUGUCAAGGUCCGGCCCUUCCGUCAAAACUGCAAGAUGUGCAGCGAAGCUCCGAUGGAGCGGCCCAGCAUCACCUCCGAGAACAUCAACAUCCUCAUGGAGAAUCUGGUGGAGAAGAUAAGAAUAAAAUGCUACCAUGAGGACCUGGGCAAACCACACAAGAAGUUUCUCGGCCUGGAUGUCAAAAGUCCACACGAGCCUGCUCACUGCGAGGGCUGCAUUCAAGGCAUCUGUACAAAGGAAUGAGCUUGUGUUUGCAUUCCUU